AUGCCCUAUGGCCUGGGGGAAGGUUUUCGUGCCUGCGAUGCCCGCUUUGCAGGAGUGGACAGCGAGCGAGUGCCUAGAUUGGCAGCGGUAUACCCGCGGAGCCCAGAGAGGCAAUCUUGGCACGCCCAUGUGGCUGUGAGUAGGCAUGCAUCUCAAACGGAUACUCCGCUGGGAUUCGAUGUGCAGGCCUAUUAUCCGCGUGCAUCUGCAGCAGUUCCCCAGGUUUUUGUACCAGCCAAAGGAUUCAGAAUGGACGCGCGCGUGUGUAUCAUGCCAAUGCUGCGCUGUGGCCACUACAAGUACAUUCUCUAUUAA